UCGUAGGCCCAAUAAGAGGUAGCACGAAUCGAGAAGUGUUUUUUUAUAGAGAUGAUAAAUUUUGUCAGUAGAUUUCGUCUCGAUGAUCCCGAUAAUGUCGUCCAAGAGGAAGAGUAAGACGAUCACGACGACGAAGAAACCACCGCUUAAGAAAAAGAAACUGUCACCGGAAUCGACCCCAAAUCCUUCACUUCCAGAUGAUGUGUUAAUUACUUGCUUAGCACGCGUCUCGAAAUUGUACUAUCCAACUCUCUCCUUAGUCUCAAAGAGCUUUCGAUCUCUCCUUGCUUCACCGGAGCUUUACAAGGCCCGAUCUCUCUUACGCCGCACCGAGAGUUGUCUCUAUGUAUGUUUACACUUCCCAACUGAAGCUAACGCUCGCUGGUUCACUCUCUGCCGGAAACCUGACCGAACCCUAGUUAAUCACAAGAAGUCAUCAAGUGGCAAUAUUUUGGUCCCAAUCCCAUCUUCACAAUCUACUAGUACUCCCCACUGGUCGGGUCACGCGGCUGUUGGUUCCAAUAUCUACCACAUUGGCGGCGGAUUCAUGCGUUCAUCUAACGUAUCAGUCCUAGAUUGUCGGUCUCACAUGUGGCGUGAGGCUCCAAGCUUAAAGGUGAAGAGGAUGUUGUACCCUUCAGCUAGUGUCAUUGAUGGAAAGAUUUAUGUAGCAGGAGGUUUAGUACAAAAAAAAUCAGAAUCCUCGGAAUCGAUGGAGGUUUUCGACACAAAGACCCAAAUUUGGAAUUAUGUCCUCAUCCCUUACUUGGAGGAAUUACGGGGUUUGCUAACCAAAAGUAUAUGUAUUGAAGGAAAAUUGUAUCUGAGGAUUGGGACUAAGGUUUUAGCUUACGAUCCCGAGGAAGGUAGAUGGGAACAAGAGGUGGGUAAGACUUGCAAGUGGUUUUCUAAUUGCGUGAUUGAGAAUGUUUUGUACUGUUAUAUUCAGGGAGUAUUAAAAUGGUAUGACAUUAAGGUGAGAUUGUGGAAACAAGUUCAUGGUUUGAGAGGACUGCCUCAUGAGUUUUCUACUUCCCUUAUUGUUAAAUUGGCGGAUUAUAGUGGAAAGAUGGCGGUUUUUUGGGACAAGUCUGAGCCUCUCAGUGGAGAGAAGAUGGUUUGGUGUGCAGUGGUUGCGCUUGAAAGACACAACAAUGGAGAUAUUUGGGGGAUGGUCGAGUGGUGUGACGCGGUCCUUAUUGUCCCCAAGUUAACACAUUUUGAGAAUGCUCUUGCUGUUACUGUUUGAUGAAAUGACAUAAACGAGACAAUCUUGAAUGUGGUGAAUCUUCUUUAGUCAUUGUGGAGGUAUUAUAUCAUUUUGCGUAAGUUAUUUCCCAACAAAGACAAUCUAUCUAUUUUAUUGUUUUCAUACUAA